GAGCAGGGACACCCUUGUCUGUGCCAAUGUCUGAAAUCUGCACAGGAUCAGCUGUAGAACUGGGAGGAGCUUCCAGUCCAUGACCCUAUUUAGUUCAUCUCCUCUCAGCCAAGCCUGCCAUGGGAGUGGAGCAGGGAGCGCCCAUCUGUGGAGUGGAUCCCUGUCUGCUCGGAACUGCGAGAGACUCAGCAAUGCAGGAAAUCCAGCAAGGGAACAUGGAAACAGCUGCCGGAUAAUACAGUGAUGAGGGCCUGGGAGAGAGAGAGCACUAAGGACCAAAGAAUCCUGACUGUGGAGUACCAAAUGCAUGGGGAAAUUUCUGCAAAGACCACCCCAAUCUUCACCACGGUGCUGAGAAUCCCCUCUGAGCAGGGCCGGCGUAAAGCCUUCUCCACCUGCCUUCCUCACCUCUUCGUGGUUUCCUUGUUCCUCUGGACUCUUACUGUUGCCUACCUGAAGCCCACCUCCAGCUCAACAACAGGCCGGGAUCUCAUGGUGGCUGUUCUCUAUUCCGUGGUGCCUCCAAUGAUGAAUCCCAUCAUCUACAGCAUGAGGAACAAGGAGAUCCAAGCUGCCCUAAGGAGACUGAUAGCAGGGAGAUUAUUCACCAUGAAUAUAAAGUCCAUAGUUCUCCCUUGA